GGCCCUGGGAGGUCCGGGGCCGGAAGAGGCCCGAGGCUCUGAGCGGUUGGGAGCCAGAGCGGUAGCAGGAGCAGGAGCGCCGGCGUGGGCGCAGCGGGAGGCGGCGGAAGCCCAGCAGUGCCUGGUUUGAGAUGGGGUCCCAGGUCUCAGUGGACACAGGAGCUCUGCACGUGGUGAUCGUGGGCGGGGGCUUUGGUGGCAUCGCGGCUGCCAGCCAGCUGCAGGCGCUGAACUGCCCCUUCACGCUGGUGGACAUGAAGGACUCCUUCCACCACAACGUGGCCGCCCUCCGGGCCUCUGUGGAGAGUGGGUUCGCCAAAAAGACUUUCAUUUCCUAUUCUGUGACCUUCAAGGACAACUUCCGGCAGGGCCAGGUGGUUGGGAUAGACCUGAAGAAUCAGACGGUGCUGCUUCAGGGUGGCGAGGCCCUGCCCUUCUCACAUCUCAUCCUGGCCACGGGCAGUACUGGGCCCUUCCCCGGCAAGUUUAAUAAGGUUUGCAGCCAGCAGGCCGCCAUCCAGGCCUAUGAGGACAUGGUCACGCAGGUCCAGCGCUCAGAGUUCAUCGUGGUGGUGGGAGGAGGCUCCGCCGGCGUGGAGAUGGCAGCAGAGAUCAAAACAGACUACCCAGAAAAAGGGGUCACUCUCAUUCACUCCCAAGUAUCCCUGGCUGACAAGGAGCUCCUGCCCUGUGUGCGGCAGGAAGUGAAAGAGAUACUUCUCCGGAAGGGCGUGCAGCUGGUACUAAGUGAGCGGGUGAACAACCUGGAGGAGCUGCCUCUCAGCGAGUAUCGGGACUACAUCAAAGUGCAGACGGACAAGGGCACCGAGGUGGCCACCAACCUGGUGAUUCCCUGCAUCGGCAUCAAGAUCAACAGCUCUGCCUAUGGCAGUGCUUUCGAGAGCAGACUGGCCAGCAGCGGGGCUUUGAGAGUGAAUGAGUUCCUGCAGGUUGAGGGCUACAGCAACAUCUACGCCAUUGGCGACUGUGCCGAUGUGAACGAGCCCAAGAUGGCCUAUCUCGCUGGCCUCCAUGCCAACGUCGCUGUGGCCAACAUUGUCAACUCCAUGAAGCAGAGGCCCCUUAAGACCUAUAAGCCAGGUGCGCUGACAUUCCUCCUGUCCAUGGGCAGAAAUGAUGGCGUGGGCCAGAUCAGUGGCUUCUAUGUGGGUCGGCUCAUGGUUCGGCUGGCCAAGAGCAGGGACCUGUUCGUCUCCACAAGCUGGAAAACCAUGAGGCAGUCUCUGCCUUGACAGGGAGGCUGGGUGGGAGACCUGGCACCGCUGCGCACCGGUGAGGGACGUUUGACAAUUGGACCCACCUGACUCGUGCCAAGGGGCGGAAGCGAAAAGCCUCUUUCUUUCUCUGGAGUGAGAUGCCAGUGAUGUCCUGUCUGGAAAUAUAACUUGUGUAAACCCAAAGAUGAGAAAUCUAGAGAGUGAGAGUAUGAGAGCGAGAGAAAAAUUAAAAAAAACUCUAUCUAGAGGAUCCUUUCUGGGUCUGGGAGGACUGGCUGCAGCUGUGCUGGCUGAAAGGGUGGUUUGGGGGUCCGGCACAGGCAGAAUUCUAUACUCCAGGCUCCAGUGGGUGUGGUGCGCAGAGCUCUCAGGGUAGGGAGAGAACUGUGCUCCUGGUGGCUGCCAUCCCGUCUGCGCACACCAGAAGGACAGCCUGCAAAAUGAGGCCAGCAGAGGAGGGCACGGGGAGAGAUGGUCUGCACGGACCCCUCUCCCAUCACAUUGGGGUGGGGAAGCCCACACAUCCUACAAUAUGCAGCUUGUUAACAGCAGCCUCAUUUUAAACUCCCUGAAUUAUGGUUAGUCUCUCUUUUUUUUCCUUUGAGACAGGGUCUCACUGUUGCCCAGGUUGGCCUUGAACUCCUGGGAUCCUCCCAGCCUAGCCUCUCGAGGAGUGGGGGACUACAGUGUGCGCCCCUACACCCAGGUAGUCCCUGCACUCUUUAAUCCUUGUGAGCCUUUCUCUACUCCAGUUUUAGAUCCUAACUAUAUACCAUAGGUACUUUUAAGAAGAAAGAGUUACUGUAUACAGUUUCCCUCCCAGCUAGCCCAACAGUGAGCUUUUCGGAGCUGGCAGGGCUGAGGCUGCCGCCUGGCCUUCCCUCUGUGGGAAUAUUUCAGGCAAGGGAGCAGAGACACAGCAGGGUGCCACCUGGUUAAUCAACCUCCAGGGAGCAGGUGGGCUUCUGCAGCAGAUUCACACGUAUAUCCUCGGGCAACUUCGUAAGUGACAAAAUCCAGGUGACAGUGAAGGAUUUUGUUUUGUGUUUGUUUUGUGGUCAACCCCAGCAUUACUUUUCUGCAGGGCCAGCUAUAUGGCGGCCUGUCUGCCGCUGGCUGUGGUAAGGUAUGUCAGUGACUCCUCUAUGUGGAGAGAUCUUCCAGGGUGGGAGAGCCUAUUUUGGACCAUCUCAGUUAAAUGUUCACUGCAGAAGAGGUUGCUGAAUUUAUCUGAGUGCAUUUGGGCCUGACUCCCCUGGCCUGCUCCUCAUUGCUAGCAAGCAAUGGUAGCCUUUGGGUACGGGGGCAGACAAAGUCCCUGGGACUCCCGCUUCUCUAGGGUUCUCCAUCCAUCCCCAUUUAGACUGUGGCCCAGGGUGUGUUCUACUUUGGUGCCCAGGCCUAAGUGAGACACGUGCCUCUCCCAGAUGGUGACCCAAGGCUUUGGACCUGCUGCCUGAGCCAGCACGGUGGGAAUCUCAGCCUGUCAGGGCCAGGGCUAGUGCUGUUGACUUAGAACAUUGUAGAAGUUUCCUUCCAUGGGAUCGAGUUUUCUAAAUAGAGGAAAAAUGUUGCGAUAAAAGAACACAUUAUAAGAAA